CGUUUUAUUGCAAUUUGCUUAAUAUUGAUAAGUCAGUAUUUAGUAGCACACCAUAAGCCAUGCGGUUCCUUUUGGCUCUAUUUUUGCUGGCAACUCUUGCCAUCAAUUCCAUUCUAGCACAAGAGCAUCAUCCAGUGUACCUGCGAAUUCGGAAGGGAAGGACUCAGUGCAUAUACACGAACAUAAAACAGUACUGCGUAGACGAUCAAGAGAAGGUGUUUUCGACUACUUGGUCACCAAUGCGAGAUGGAGAUUACCUGAGAAUAGGAAACACAACGCCGGAACCUCGUGUAAAGAAUCAAAGAAGGCUUAUGUCACCAAUGCGAGAUGGCGAAGAUUACCUGAGAAUAGGAAACACAACGCCGGAACCUCGUGUAAAGAAUCAAAGAAGGUUUAUGGAGCUCGAGAGCUGGUGAUGCUGAUGGUGAUGAUAAGCGUCUUGGACAGCCGGGACGUGGCGAAGGCAGUAAUCAAGAAAAUAAUAAAGUUUAAACUUA